ACAACGGCAAUUUUAGAUACCUCGGAUGAGUCCAUGGUGUCGCAUCGCAGGUGCCCAUCACUUCUUGAACCGACAUUGUUUUACCGUGUGUCCCGCGUACGGCACGCAUGAGUGACAUGUCGGCCGAGUUACGCUGCCACUCGUGUUGCUAGUACAUACGAGAGAGCCAGAUGCUUUGUGCCGUGCAAUGUAGAAGCACGUUGAACCUCGCUUUGCUUCUCGCGCCGCUUCGUUCCCUGACGGUGAUUUCCGGGUAAGUUACCUUUCUGCAUCUCGUACUGCGUCCCGCGCUUCCACGCUUCCCACCGAGAAUUAUGGCGAUUCUUUCCCGCCAGCACACCUCUAUCGCCGUUCUCCUCGCGCUAGCAUCAGCUGUACUCCUUAUAAGAAGCGUCGACGCGCUGCAGGGAUGCGGGGGGAGCUGCAGGCGCCACGCGGACUGCAGCGGGCGGCUGGCAUGCAUGAGCGGCAAGUGCGGCGACGACCCCGGCGUGGGGACGCACAUCUGCAGGCAGCAGGGGGGAGGGGGCACGUGCAAGCCGUCAGGAAGCUUCCGGGCUCCUGCAGUUGUCCCUUGCAACUCGGAUAACAUGUCCGACUGCUGCAAGCCACUCGCCAAGUACCACAAGUACACGUGCUCGCCUCGUGUCAGCAACGCCACGUCAGCAAUCCUGACUCUCAACGGAUUCGACGCUGGCCAGGACGGUGGCGGCGCUUCCUCCUGCGACGGCAAGUACCAUCGCAACACCGAGAGGGUGGUCGCCCUCUCCACUGGCUGGUUUGCCAACCGGAGGCGCUGCGGCCGUCAGAUCCAAAUCUCCGCAUCCAAUGGCCGCAGCGUGCUGGCGACAGUGGUGGACGAGUGCGACUCGAGGGCGGGGUGCGACAGGAUGCAUGCGGGCCAGCCGCCCUGCAUCAUGAAUGACGUGGACGCCUCUGCUGCCGUGUGGAGUGCGCUUGGGAUCAGUGAAUCGGACAGCCGAUACGGGUACCUGAAGGUUACUUGGAAGGAUGUGUGAUGUGAUGAGUGCUCGGCAUGUGCUUGGAGGGGGUGUCUGCAGCUUGGAGAAUUGGGUGGAUUGGGGUGGAGGUGAAAACUUGCUGGAUGUCAGACAAUGGAAAAGUGGUUACCCUGGAGGUCUUCUUGACGCUGCUGUGCACUCUGUUUUGUAUAGUACAUUUUAUUGAUGCUAGAUCUGUUCAC